AUGGAUAUCCUAAAAGACAGCAACUUGACCAUCGCAGAAGGCAAAGAAGAGACAGUUAAUCCAAUUAAAGAACCUGUGCAAAUCAUUGCCACGGCUGGAACAUGGGACAGUAAUUCAGCUUCCUACCUAGGCUGCAGUGUAUUUGUGGACCAGAGCAAAAUCCCCAAACUGAAUGAUCAUCAGGACUCUCACGAGCAGUUCCUUGGCAAGUCUAGGAAAGAGCUGAAGAAGCUAGCAAGGGAAGGAUAUUGGGCUGGAAGCCAUUCCCUGAGAGCCAAGGCUUACCAGCACAUUAUCCAAGAUAUACCAUGCCGGCUAAUGACUCCCGAUGCCUUCGUCUACCAAGAUGUGGCCAGCAAGUUAUUCGGAAACCAGAGUGAAAGUUUUGAUCCCUUGCCUGAAUUCCUGUCAGGAAGCAUCAUGCCUGAAUACUGCCUCACUCCAGAAGGGAUAACGGCUUUGAAGAAAAUACUUAUCUGCAUUUCCAGUCUCUACCCUGAGAUUACUUACAGUCCUUUGCUCCCAGCUGUGACUGCUCUGUUGCUCCAUUAUAGCCAAGACGAGGCCCAAUGCUUUGAGCUUACUUGCCGACUCCUCUACUCCAAGGCUCCUCACACCACCUACAUAGACCAGUUUUUCCUGGCUCACAAGGCCUCCUGUAUGACCUUCGGGGACUUAGCCAAUAAGCACUGCCCAGCUGCCCAUCAACUGAUAGCAAGUUUAUCAGACAUCUUUGAGGUGUACUCUGAGUGGCUGGUGUGGCUCUUUGAUGAUCUUCCUUUUAAUUAUGUCAUUCGCAUCUUCGAUGUGUAUCUCUUAGAGGGGCAAAAAGUCCUUUACCGCAUUGCUCUGGCACUGCUGAAGCAAUACCGGCUCUUUAUGACCUCAAGAGGACAAGAGGUGGUUGACAUCAAGGGAAGCUUGCAGGCUUUCCUGUGGGAUAUUCAGGAAUACUUGGCGGCUGACAAGCUUUUAGAGAAAGCAUUUGGCAUCCGACUUUUCUCCCGCAAAGAAAUCUGGCUUCUUCAAAUGGCUAACCGGAAGGCUCUGAUGGAUAAAGGAGUAACAAUGGUGCAUCACAGACAACCAUUCCAUCUCAUUGUGAAUGCACAUAAUUUUAGUUCCACUAUUGUUAAAGCUCAAGAAAUGCGCAUUGUGUGGUCCUGGAUCCCCGAACGAUUUUCUUUAUACCCACCUGUUCUUUUAUUCUCAACUUCUGAAAAUGGAUACAGUUUGCAAAGGUUUUAUUCCUGCUGUGAAGGCUAUGAGCCAACUUUACUAUUGUUAAAAAACACACUGGGAGAAGUAUGUGGAGCAUUUCUUUCCUCUGACUGGAAUGAAAGGAAAAAAAGGGGAGGAACAGCAAGCUUCUUUGGAACAGGAGAAUGCUUUAUUUUUACAGUGCAUCCUAAAAUGGAGCGAUACGAAUGGGUCUUCAUCAAGAAGCCAGAACAAGCUAAAGCGCUACCUUGCCCCCAACGCCCGCGUUCUCCGUCUCCCUUUUCUUUGGAGAGUCACAGAACAACCAGCUCAAAUUAUCUCACUGUGCCAAAGUUAGAAACAAUUAAAUACCGUCUCUCUCCCUUCCUGGCAGUUAGACACUUCAAGUUGCCCUCCAAAACAGCCUCCAUGUUCAUGUCUGGAAGCCAGGAAGGAAUCGUCAUAGGGGGUGGCGGAGGCCAGGCUUUAUAUAUUGAUGCUAAUCUGAAUCAUGGAAGAACAGAACACUGUGAAACUUUUGACAACCCUCCUCUCUGCCAACAAAACUUCCAGGUCCAGCUACUAGAAGUGUGGGGAUUUCAAAACUCCUGA